AUGGCUGCCCCUUUCAUCAACCCUAGUUUCUCCUCCUCCUCCUCCUCCUCCUCUUCCUUCUCCUCCGCCAUUGCUACCGCCACCGCCACUGCUCCCAAGCUCCACCCCAGCUCCUCCUCCUCUCGUCAAACCCCGAAGUGUCCCACCACCGUCUUCUUCCCCUGCAUCACCUCACGUCCUCCCCCCCAAUGGGCCUCCGCCAUGAUUAGAUGCUCCGCUGCUCCUCCUCCUCCUCCUCCUCCUCCCCCACUGGAGGGCCCCACCACUGCUCCUCCUCCCCACCCUAAGUACAUACCCAACCGCAUCCCCGACCCCAACUACAUCCGCAUCUUUGACACCACCCUCCGCGAUGGUGAGCAAUCCCCUGGUGCCGCCAUGACCUCCAAGGAUAAGCUCAACAUUGCCCGCCAGCUCACCAAGCUCAGCGUCGACAUCAUCGCGGCCGGGUUCCCUGUCGCCUCCUCGGACGACUUCAUUGUUGUCAAGGCCAUCGCCCUUGAGGUCGGCAACGCCGUUGACCCCCACGGCUACGUCCCCGUCAUCUGCGACCUCUCCCGAUGCAACGAGAAGGACAUCCGAGCCGCUUGGGAUGCCGUCCGCUUCGCCAGGCGACCCAAGAUCCACACGUUCAUCGCCACCAGUGGGAUCCACAUGCAGUACAAGCUGAAGAAAAGCAAGCAAGAGGUGAUCGACAUUGCUAGGAGGAUGGUGGCCUUCACCUGGAGCUUGGGCUGCGACGAUGUCGAGUUCAGCCCCGAGGAUGCUGCCAACACCAUAGCGGGUGCAUGUGCUGGGGCAAGACAAGUGGAAGUGACAAUUAAUGGCAUUGGUGAAAGAGCUGGAAAUGCUUCUUUGGAAGAGGUAGAAGGGUACUCGGGCUUGUAUGUACAACCUCAUAAAGCUAUUGUUGGAGCUAAUGCCUUUGCUCAUGAAAGUGGCAUCCAUCAGGUAUAUCUGCCUAGUUUUUCCAGCUUAUACCGUGGUGAUUCCGAUGCCAAUCCGUCUGGUUUGAAAAUCAUAGCAAAUGCCAUGCAGGUUUCGUGUGGAACUCUUGGUCUGUCGACGGCAACUGUGAAACUUAUCAGUGCUGAUGGGAAAGAGCUUAUUGCUUGUGCUGUUGGUACUGGACCUGUGGAUUCAGCAUACAAGGCUGUUGACCUAAUUGUUAAGGUACCUGCAACGCUUCUCGAGUACUCCAUGACCGCUUUCACAGAGGACAUUGACGCAAUAGCCACAACCCAAGUUUUGAUCCGUGACAAAAACAAUCACAUGUCUACACUUGCUUUAACUGGGGAGACUAUACACCAAACCUUCAGUGGUACUGGGUCGAGCAUGGAUAUUGCAGUUUCAAGUGUGAGGGCCUAUAUUGGAGCAUUGAACAAGAUUUUGAACUGGAAGUCCAUGAUCGUCGUAAUCUUGAGCUCGCCAUCAAGGUUCUUGGUUGGGUUGGCAGCUAGAUCCAUGGAUGAGCUGGCUCAAAGCCAUGGAUGA